CCUAAGAGAUAGAUAGAUAAAAGAAUUUACUUUUUGAAACAAAGCCUAUGAAAUACUAUUCCUUUGCCUGUUUUUUGGGAUCAAACAAAAAGUUAUUAAUUCAUAAACUAUAACAGCUGUCUCUUGUUUUGCUUUUGAGUUUUAAAAUUUGAAUUUUAACUUAAUUAUAACACCUAAUAGUUAGUAAGAAUUUUAAAGAAGUGAAAUUUCUAAUCUAAGUUUGAGGAAAAAAAACCCUUACAUUACUACCAUUUAAGACAGAAGAUACAGCUGGUAGAUUGACUAUGGUAAAUUAUGGAAAUAGAAAAUAUAGAAGAUACUGUAACAGUGAAGCUAUUGUUUUUUGCUAAAUCAAAAGAAUUGUCGGGAGUUAGAGAAACUUCCAUAACUUUACCAAGAAAGUUGGGAUAUCAGAGAUUGUUGAAUAUUAUAUGCGAUAAAUAUAACUUAAACAGUAUUAAGAAAAAUAUACUUUUGGCUAAGAACGAGGUAGUGUGUGAGGAUACAGUAGAUAUAGAAAUUAAUGAACAAGACAACUUAGCUGUUAUACCACCAUUGAGUGGAGGUUAAAUAGUAUUUCACAGGAUGGACCAUAUAAAAUUAACAGUAGAUAGACUGUCAGUCGAAGAAAUAAGUGAACUUGUAACUGAUGAUAGCUGCGGUGCAAUUUCAUUGUUUAUUGGCACAACUAGAGACAAUUUUGAAGGAAAAAAGGUACUAAGGCUGGAAUAUGAGGCCUACGAAUCUAUGGCCAUAAAAGCGAUAAAAACAAUUUGUGAUGACGUCAGACAGAAAUGGCCGCUUGUACACGGAAUAGCUAUUUAUCACAGGUUGGGCAACGUUCCGUGUCGAGAGGCGUCUGUCGUGAUAGCCAUAAGCAGUCCGCAGAGGAAGGACUCUUUAAGCGCCGUAUCCUACACCAUCGAUCAGCUAAAGGCCUCAGUUCCUAUAUGGAAGAAGGAAAUAUACGACGGACAACCCGCCCAAUGGAAGGAGAAUCGUGAAUUUCCGUCGAAAUCGGAGUCGAAGAACAUCGACAAAAAUUUAGUACAGAUCAACGUUUCGAGCGAAGAACUACAGAAGCGGAUACAGAACUUUAUUGAGAGGAAACGGGAGCAGGUUAAUUACGGCAACAUACAGGACUUCGUGCCGGGGCGGCGUCAGGACGAGGAGGACACGUGCGCGCGGGUCAGGGCGCAGUUCGUCAAACGAAACGAUUCUAAAGGACAUUUGAAAGUAUACAAAGUCAACAACGAAUGGGGUCCACAAACGGUUAGUUUCAGUGGGGUCCCCGUUGGGUCCUCGGACCCGGGCCUGCCGCCCUCCGUAGCCGAGCGAGUCGUGGCCGUCGAGAAGUUCCUUAACCUGGGCCCCGUCUCCAAGGACAUCUUCAAGCGGCUCAAGGACAUGGAGGACAGGAUCGCGUAUCUGCAGUCGGUGUCGCCGGAAUACGCGCAGUUCUGGAAAACAAAGGCAGACCUGGAAGAGAUAAAAUCUGAGGAUCGUAUAGAUUACGCGUUCUCUGCUGAAGACAUCGCGAGGAAGAUCGACCAAUUGGAAAAGGCCAAUUUAUGACAGUGUUGCCACUAAAUCAAAGGAGCCCUAAAUUGGGAAUUACCAAUUAAAAAAAUCUACCAUUCUUUUAAUAUCGUUUGAGCAUUGAGUAAAUAAUAUCAAUUUGAUUAAUAUAUUUUUUUUAAUUUUACAUAUUAUGUUAUUAAAAUUUGAUAUUUUUCAGGUAAUGUAAGAUAGAUUCUUGGAAAUUUAACUUGAUUAUGUAGUAUUUGUAUUAAAACGAUAUUUUAAACACUAGUAUUAUUUAUACUUGAAAAAAUACGUAUUUUUUUAAUAUGUAUAUGUAUAAUUUUAAUGUAACGUGGAUAAUAUAUGAGUGAAAAAUAAAAACGUAUCUUUUUGGA